ACUUCACCUUUUCUUUCCCGGCUGUGUGGGGCUCAGCUAAGUCAGCACUCAAGAGAGUGGUGAGGUCAUCUGAGACCAAGCCUGGUCCUCAGGACUGUGCUCUCUCCCUGCCACCAGGCAGCCUGCCCCAGCCUGCUCAGCCAUCGCCACACUCCUCUGACAGAAUGAAUGCCCUUGACGGCAUUCCCUUCAAGGUGCCCAAUGGCUUUGUGAUAGGCACAAAGUCCCUUCCUGGGCCAGAACUCAGCAUCCCAGCCUGCAGGGAGCUUCUGCUGGGUUCUAUGCACGACUUCAGCCUGGAGAGGAGGGUGCUCUUCUGGGUGGAGGCAGUCAUCCGGGGACCCUGCCCCGUCCAAUGCGACGCCCUGGGAAUGGCAUCGGCCCCUCCGGCCUGGCUCUUGCUGGUCGGCUCAGAACCUGAGCCAGUGCCCCCACCAGCUGCAGACACCUGCCCCGAGGCCAGACCCCAGCUGCAGCUAGAUGAGGAGGAGGAGAAAGAGGAGGAGGUCAAGGAAGAGGAGGAGGAGGAGUUGGAAGAGAACCAGGAGGAGGCCCACGUAGAGGAAGAAGCCGCCUCUGCCAACGAGGAAGAGCCAGGUUCCUGCAGCCCCCUGUCCAGCUCCCCCGCGAGCGCUGGCCCGGGCCAUUCCCGGUGCUCGCUGGACUUGCUGCGUGGCGUGAAGUCGGAGCUGGCCGGGGCGCGCCGGCGGCUCUCGGAGGGCCGGCUGUCCGUUCGCCCCCGCGCCCUCCUGCACCGCAUCCGCCACCGGGCGCUGAGCCUCUGCCCCAGCCCCGCGCCGAGUCCCGGCCCGGUGCUGCCCGCGGGCCCUGCGCCCACGCUCCCCAACGCCCCCGCGCCGCCCCCACGGCCCUCCACGGCUGGCGCCAUGCCCCCGCUGCGGAGCCACAAGCCCACGGUCGCGUCCCUCAGCCCCUACACCUGCCUGCCGCCUCUUGGCGGCGUGCCUCAGCAUCUCAGCACCUGCAGAUCACACCCCACUUCUGCUGACCUGCUGUCUGCCCUGAGCCAGGAGGAGCAAGACCUCAUCGCACCCGUAGUUGCCCUGGGGUAUCCCCUGCAUAGGGCCAUCACGGCUCUGCAGAAGACAGGGCGGCAGAGCCUGAGCCAGUUUCUCAGCUACCUUAGUGCCUGUGACCGGCUGCUGCGGCAAGGCUACGAGGAGGGGCUGGUGGAGGAGGCCAUGGAGAUGUUCCAGUUCUCCGAGAGCCAGGCAGGGGAGUUCCUGCGCCUCUGGGAACAAUUCAGUGCCAUGGGCUUCCAGCAGGACCGGAUCAAGGAAGUGCUGCUGGUCCACGGCAACCGCAGUGAGCAAGCGCUGGAGGAGCUGGUGGCCUGUGCCCAGUGAGCACUGGCGCAUUCCACAAUGCCUGUGCAUCCCAGUCCUGGGCCAAACCUGGCAAUCCAUAGUAACUGGAUUAGUAAGACUACAUAAGAGGGGAACCUGGCUGGCUAAGUUGGAGGUGGCUCUUGAUCUCAGGUUUGUGAAUUUGAGGCCCACAUUGGGUGUUGAGAUUACUUUAAAAAAAUACACAAAUGGGGCAUCUGGGUGGCUCAGUGGGUUAAGCCUCUGCCUUCAGUUCAGGUCAUCAUCCCAGGGUCCUGGGAUCAAGCCCCUCAUUGGGCUCUCUGCUCAGCAGGGAGCCUGCUUCCCCCUCUCUCUCUGCCUACUUGUGAUCUCUGUCAAAUAGAUAAAUAAAAUCUUAAAAAUUUUUUAAAAAAAUAUACAUAAAUAAACUUUGAAAAAAAAAAAAAAGAUCACACAAGAGUGACACACACUUAUACAAACAAUGCCAAAGGUGGAGGUAAAUACUGUAGGGGAGGCCAGAUUUACCCAUUGUAGGUUUUCAGCUGGGGCUCCUCAUGGAAAAGACCAAUUAAGAAGAGAAAAACAUUUUAUUUUAUUUUUUUAAGAUUUUAUUUUAUUUAUUUGACAGAGAGAGACACAGUGAGAGAGGGAAAAACAAGCAGGGGGUGAGGGAGAAGCAGGCUUCCUGCUGAACAGGAAGCCCGAUGUGGGGCUCGAUCCCAGGACACUGGGAUCAUGACCUGAGCAGAAGGCAGAUGCUUAAUGACUGAGCCACCCAGGUGUCCUGAGAAAAAGUUUAUUAACACAUGUAGCAUUUCUACAUCAUAUGGGGGAAACCUCAAUGAAAAGGAACUCAAAACAGCAGUUAGAACUCUGGCUUGUAUCGCAUCUUCAACAAAGAACAGUCAAUUUGUAUAGAAAUGACAGGACAAAGGAAACUGGUUUUGGGGUUCCAGAGAUGGAAGCUGUUGGGGGAGGGGGCGGUGUAAAUACAGGGAAGUGAACUAGCUGAGUAGGUUUGUUGGCAGAUUCUUCUGGAGCAUGUCUGGACUGAUAAGAAUUUGUCUCCAGAAAAGGAGAGUUUAUACCUUGCCUUUAGGCAAAAUGUGGGGGAGGGUAGAAGGAGAUUUUUUCCUGCAUUUGUUGCUUCUUAAUCACCUUCAACUCAAAAUGAUUUUUAUGUCAAAGAGGCAUAUUUUUGGGUGACACUCUGGUCUCUUUCAAUAUGAAAACAAUUAGCUGAAAGAGUUGAAAGUCAUUGCCUCUGGGGAGGGGCAUAUGGGGGAGCAUAGACAAGGAACUGUGUUUUUUCAUAAAACCCUUGUAAAACUACCUGUAUUUGACUCUUUUUUUUUUUUUAAAGAUUUUGUUUAUUUAUUUGACAGAGAGAGAGAGAAAGAUUGAGAUCACAAGUAGGCAGAGAGGCAGGCAGAGAGAAGGGGUAGCAGGCUCCCUGCUGAGCAGAGAGCCCAAUGCGGGGCUCGAUCCCAGGACUCCAGGACCCUGAGAUAAUGACCUGAGCUGAAGGCAGAGGCCUAACCCACUGAGCUACUCACGUGCCCCAUGUAUUUGACUCUUUAAACUAUAGGCAUGAAUAACUUUGAUUUUAAGAAUAAUAAAAUAAGUGGUGAGCCAUUCUUUUCAGUCCUGUGGGCUCCUAGUUAGUGUGGAAAGAACAUCUAACUGUGGUUCAGAAGACCUAAUUUCUUAUUUUGUUUCUGCUGCUGACUGGCUCAAUGCCUCUUUGGGACUCAGUUUCCCUGGGAAAAGUAGAGAGACUGGACUUGGCUGCCAUCGAUAAGAAUCCCCUGAGAGUUUGUUAAAGAGGCCCAGGCCCUCUUCCGGGGUGAUCUGAUUUAGAAAGUCCAGCUUGGCAGCCCCAGGGAUCUAUUUUGUUUUUAUAAGGAGCUCUCUGGGGAAUUAAAAAAAAAAAUCUCUUGUUUUUUAACUGGUUUUGUUGUUGUUCGCCUCCACCCAUUUCUCCCAACCACUAACCUGGUCUCUGCUAUCUAUCAACUUGGGGUUUUGGCUUUUUUGUUUUUUUCAGAUUCCACAUUUAAGAGAAAUCAUACGGUAUUUGUCUUUCUCUGUCUGACUCAUUUCACUUAGCGUAACACCCUUGAGGUUCAUCCAUGUUGUCUCAAAUGGCAAAAUUUCAUUCCUUUUAUGGCGGGAUAAUAUUCCAUUGCAUAUUAAACCACGGUAUCUUUAUUGGUUAAUCCAUCUGUCGACAUUUAGGUUGUUUCCAUGUCUUGGCUAUUGUAGCUAAUGCUGCAGUGAACUUGGGGGAGCAUCUAUUAUUCUGAGUGAGUGAGUGUUUUUGUUUUUGUUUUCUUUUAAAUAAACACCCAGAGUGGAAUUGCCAAUCAUCUGGUAGGUCUAUUUUUAGGUCUAUGUUUGAGGAACCUGCCUAUGGUUUUCCACAGUGGCUGCACCAAUUUACAAUCCCACCAACAGUGCACAAGGAUUUUUCUCCACAUCCUCGCCAAUACUUGUUAUCUCUUGUCUUUUUGAUGAUAGCCAUUCUGACAGGUGGAAGUCAUAUUCCAUGGGGUUUUGAUUUGCAUUUCCCUCAGGAGUAAUGCUCUUGAGCAUAUUUUCAUGUACCUGUUGGCUAUCUAUAUGUCUUCUUUGAAAAAAUGUCUAUUCAGGGCACCUGGGUGGCUCAGUGAAUUAAGCCUCUGACUUCAGUUCAGGUCGUGAUCUUGGGGUCCUAGAAUGGAGUCCUGCGUCGGGCUCCCAGCUUGGCGGGGAGUCUGCUUGUCCCCUCCUUCUGCCCUUCCCCCCACCUGUGUGCACAUGCACACACACUCUCAAAUAAAUAAAACAAAGUCUUAAAAAAGAAAGAAAGAAAAAAGAAAAGUGUCUAUUAAUCUGUUGUUGGGUUACGUGAGUUCCUUAUAUAUUUUGGAUAUUAGCCCCUUAUCAGAUAUAUGAUUCACAAAUAUUUCUCCCAUUCAGUAGUUGCCUUUUCAUUUUGUUGAUGGUCUCUUUUGUUAUGAAGAAUCUUAUUUUCCACUUGUUUUUUUGUUUUGUUUUGCUUUUGUUGCUUUUGCUUUUGGUGUCAGAUUCAAAAAAUCAUCGCCAAGACCUAUGUCAAGGAGCCCACCACCUAUUUUGUCUUCUAGGAGGUUUAUGGCUUCAGGUCUUCCAUUCUAGUGUUCAACCCAUUUUCAGUUAAUGUUUGUGUAUGCUGUAAGACGGCAGAUGAGUUUCAUUCUUCUGUAUGUGGCAGUCCCGUUUUCCUAACAUCAUUUAUUAAAGAGACUGUCCUUUCCCCAGUGUAUAUUCUUGGCCCCUUUGUUAUAAAUUAAUUGACUAUAUAUGGGUGGGCUCUCUUCUGUUCAGUUGAUCUGUGUGUCUGUUUUUAUGCCAGUACCUCUGGGGAUUCUUUUUUUUUUUUUUUUUUUAAGAUUUUAUUUACUUUUUGAGAGAGAGAAAGUAUGCUCAUGAGCAGGGUUGGUGGGCGGGGAGGGUUAGGAGGAAGGGACAGAGGGAGAAGGAGACUCCCCACCAAACAGGGAAGCCAAUGUGAGGCUCCAUCCCAGAAGACCCUGUGAUGACUCUCAGCCAAAGGCUGAUGCUUAACUGACUGAGCCACCCAGGCGCCCCAUCCUCUGGAGAUUCUUAUUCAAUAUAUUGGGCCCACGGCCAGUAUGUGUAACCCUCAGGGCCUCCUGCUCUGACAGCCUGUCAGUCUUUCCUCAUUUGUGGAGUAGGCAGUUUGGAACCAGAAUUGUCUCCAGUCACUGAAGCCUAUCCUCUGGAGGACCCCAGAGACUGAGGAGACCAGUUGCUGGAGCUGCCCAUGACUCAGGCAAGUCUUGGCUCUGGCCAAGACUCCAGUGCCCUUGCCCUUCCCAGCCGGCCCUAUGCAAAGACCUAGAGCAGUUACCACGGAAUUAAGACUGCUCAACCUCCUCUACACAGCGAGCAGGACUGGACCUGGACCUGAGGCCUGGAGAAGACCAAAAUCUUCCAUGUUUUUCAUGGCUCCAAACCAGACAUGUUGUUUGAAUGUUUAGUGAGGACUUCUGCAGGCCUAUCCUGACCUAAACAGCAAGUCUGGGACCAGAACCUAGGACUCCUCAGGUCUGUCCAGCCCCUGGGUGCCUUCCGCUAAGCCUCGAUGUCUGCCAACUUGAAAUCACAUAAAAAAUAUGCUUUGGCCCUAAAACUUGCUUUGAGUCACUUGCAGGCAAUGCAAAACUAUUUGAGAACAUUGGCAAGGCGGCAUAAAGUCGGUCAAAAAUAAAACUGCAUUUGAGAAAGAAUAAAA